AUGAGGUUACUUUUUUUCCUCUGUGCAAUCUCCACAUAUCGGUUCACUGGAGCGUCGCCAUCACCAGAUACCAGACUGGACGACUUUUUUGCCGAAGUCAUUCUCAAAACUCAGUAUGAAUUGACAAGACGCAAUCCGAAUGGUCGAAAAAUAUUUCUGCCUAGUUCUCUUGAGGAUGACAAUGGCGUCCGUGUAUCUAUCGGAAGAGACAUCUACGCCAUCAUCUUUGGAUUAGACUACAAGUUCCAAAAAAAUGGACGGUGUAUCACAAAGGUCGAGCAAGCCAAACAUACGCUUCAGUGUCCUGUCACAUUUAGUUGGAUUCGCAUAGUGCUUCCUCGCGCAGUCGAUGAAACGACGCAAUACGUAGUUCGUGCUAAAAUUACAGGAAGAGUGGUCCUUGAGGAAAGAUCGGGCAUUCCUAACAUGAGAUAUAAACGAUUUUCGAGGAGCGGGACAACGUACCUGAUGUUCGAUUCCAACUACAAUCCCGUUCCAUCUCCGGACAAAUACAGCCUUAAAACGGGAAAUCUUUUGAACCUCCGAGGAAUUCUGGAGUCAAGAUUGAGGACUUUCCUUGGUGACAAUGAACAAUUGAGUGAUUGCAUUAACACCGCUUUGAGAGCAGUUAAAAAUCCCCCGGAUUUGAGAAGUUAA